AUGGCUUCGAAGAAACCGGAUAACGAAGAUCUCAAAUUCAUCAUGUCCUGCCUCAAACACUUCGCUGGCGAGUUCAAGCCGGAUUUUGACGAAGUAGCCAAAGAUGUGGGAGCGGCCUCUGGAAAUGCCUGCUACCAGCGUUUGCGGGCUAUCAAGAAACGAUGGGGCAUGCCCGGUACCCUCACUCCGAGCUCGACAGCCGGUCGCAAGCGAAAGGGCGCAGUAACGAAGGACAUUGCCGAGACAGUCGAAGGUGGCGCCAAAGAUUCCACUCCGAAGAAGAGACGCAAAGGAGGUAAAGAAGCUGAAGAGCCGGUCGACCAGAGAGAUGAUACGGACGCUGUUGCGCAUCUUGGAGACUAG